AUGUCUUCCGCAUCUUCUAUCACAGUCGCAGUACGCGUUCGUCCCUUCACUGUAAAGGAAUCCGGCAAUCUUGCACAGACCCCCGAAGGACAGACUUUCUCUGGAGAUGGAGCACUUGCAGCAUCAUCACUGCCUAAACUCCAGCCCAAAGGAAUCAGAAAAAUCGUUCAAGUUCUCGACGAACAUGUUCUCGUUUUCGACCCACCAGACAGCAACCCAUUGACGAAGUUCCAGAGAACUCUGCACAACCCAGGGAAGAGGAUCAAGGAUAUGAGAUAUGCAUUCGACAGAGUAUUCGACGAGACCGCGACUCAAGAGGAGGUGUAUGCGAAUACCACAAUGCAGUUGUUGGAUGGUGUGAUCGACGGAUACAACGCGACGGUGUUUGCUUAUGGUGCUACCGGGUGUGGAAAGACGCAUACAAUCAGUGGUACGCCGGAGAAGCCGGGUAUUAUCUUCUCGACAAUGCGCGACCUCUUCGACAAGAUCAAGGCAGUUCAAGACAUCAAACACGUCGAAAUCUCGCUAUCGUAUCUCGAAAUUUAUAACGAGACCAUCCGCGACCUGCUCAUUCCCAACGGAGCCGGCAAGACGCUGCAACUUCGCGAAGACGCCGACAAAAGGAUUUCGGUUCCAGGGCUGUCCAUGCAUACCCCAACCGACGUGCACGAGGUUAUGGAUAUGAUCCUGACAGGAAAUGCUAACCGUACAAUCUCGCCCACGGAGGCUAACGCGGUCUCCUCGCGUUCACACGCCGUCCUGCAAGUGAAUGUCAUGCAGAAACCGCGUACAGCCGGCUUGUCGGAGGAGUUCACCAUGGCUACUCUCUCUAUCAUCGACUUGGCAGGUAGUGAGCGAGCUUCUGUGACGAAGAACCGUGGUGAUCGAUUGCUAGAAGGAGCCAACAUCAACAGGUCCCUACUCGCCCUCGGUAACUGCAUCAACGCCCUCUGUGAUCCCCAUCGUCGCUGCCACGUCCCUUACCGUGACUCCAAAUUGACUCGUCUGCUCAAAUUCUCGCUGGGAGGAAACUGCAAAACCGUCAUGAUUGUUUGUGUCAGUCCAUCGAGUCAGCACUACGACGAAACGCACAACACACUCAAGUACGGUAACAGGGCGAAGAACAUCAAGACGAAGGUUACGAGAAAUAUGAUUAAUGUCGACCGGCACGUCAGUCAGUACGUCAAGGCCAUUUAUGACUUGCGGCAGGAAGUGGAGGAGCUCAAGUCUAAACUUGCAGAG